UGGUCUCACGCUUUUUCAGUCUACUCCUGCCAGUGUCUCCAACACUGACCAUUCACUGACAGCUCUCAUAAAAGUGAAAAUUGAAAAUUGAGAUUCACAUACAGGACUUUUUUUUAAUCCAAGGACUGUUGUGGGGAAACUGGGAACACGUGCCUGAAACUCAGCUUGGAAUAUUUUCCAUUUACCGGAGCCUGUUAAUUGGAUGCCAUCAGAGCUGGUGUCACUUCUUUGCUGUGUAGUGUGUACUCGAGAGCGGGUUUGAAUUUGUGAGUGUGUGCGUGUGUGUGUGCGCGCACGCGUUUAUAGCCCUGAACUACAGUUGUGGAUUCCAGUCGUGAAUCCAGGUUUAUUCCUUGUUAGCUCGGUCUUGUCUUUGAACAUGGCAUCCAUAAGAAGUCUGAUUCUUGUGUUGUUGAUGGCGCUGCUAUGCUCCUUCCACACCCCAUUGGCUCCUGCAGCCAAGGCGCAGGAUCUGCCGUUCCACUCUGAGCAAGGUCUGGUGGCUGAUGAUGAUGAUGACGAUGAUGAACAUGAUGGCGAUGAUGAUGAUGAUGACGACGAUGAUGACGAUGAUGAUGACGACGACGAUGAUGAUGACAAUGAUGAUGACGAUGAUGACGAUGAUGACGAUGACGACGAUGAUGAUGAUGAUGAUGAUGAUGAUGAUGACGAUGACGACGAUGAUGACGACGAUGAUGACGACGAUGAUGACGACGAUGAUGAUGAUGACGACGAUGACGAUGAUGACGAUGAUGACGAUGAUGAUGACGAUGAUGACGAUGAUGAUGACGAUGAUGACGACGAUGAUGAUGAUGAUGAUGAUGACGACGAUGAUGAUGAUGAUGAUGACGAUCAUGAAGAUCUAAUUAAAAUCAAGGGACUUGCUGAGAAAAUUCAAGAUGAUGAUGAUGAUGAUGACGACGACGAUGACAAAGAUGAUGACAACGAUGACGAGGACAAAGAUGACGACGACAAAGAUGAUGAUGAUGACGACGAUGAUGAUAACAAACAUGAAGAUAACGGAAAAUAUCACAAGGGCUCUGUUUGUGCAUACUGUGAAUUCUGUGAGCACUGUGACAGCUGUGAUAAAUGUCCUUGUGAAGAAGGAGACAAGUCGGAACACUGUGAUGACUGCAAGAUGUGCAGUUUCUGCCACGUGUGUCCUGCUUGUCAAACUCUAUGCCAACCCGGGGGGUUCCUUGACAAAGUGACUGGGUCAAUCUACAAGACUGUUGCUGAUGUCUUUGAGGAGGAUGACGACAACAACUGAGAGCUGCCAUCAUGUGGCCAAUAUAAUGUCUCACAUUCACUUCUGAUAGCCAUUUUAUUAAAUUAUUUUUGGUCACUUAUUUGAGAAACUCCUUGGCGACAUAAUAGCAAUUGUGAAAAUAAUAUCUUAAUAUCCAUCCAUCCAUUUUCUGAGCCGCUUCUCCUCACUAGGGUCGCGGGCGUGCUGGAGCCUAUCCCAGCUGUCAUCGGGCAGGAGGCGGGGUACACCCCGAACUGGUUGCCAGCCAAUCGCAGGGCACAUAGAAACAAACAACCAUUCGCACUCACAGUCAUGCCUACGGGCAAUUUAGAGUCUCCAAUUAACGCAUGUUUUUGGGAUGUGGGAGGAAACCGGAGUGCCCGGAGAAAACCCACGCAGGCACGGGGAGAACAUGCAAACUCCACACAGGCGGGGCUGGGGAUUGAACCCCGCACCUCAGAACUGUGAGGCUGACGCUCUAACCAGUCGGCCAUCGUGCCGCAUAUCUUAAUAUAUUAUGUGUUAUUUGUUAAAUGAUCAAAGAAAGCUGCACUUUUGAAAACUUUAAAUAAUUUGUACCAGUCAAACAUAAAAACAAUGUGUGGAAUAAAAAGAAGGUACAUUUUCA